CAACUCUUUAAAUACCCCCAAGUCAUCUGCCACAACAAAACACCCCGCUGUCAGCGAGAACUCACGGCUGUUCCACCGCUGCCCCCGCACAGACACACCCGGGACCGGUGCUUCUACACACCAACCUACACCACACUGAGACCCGGGGGGAGACAGACGGAGGAGACCAGAGAACCAGAGAGAAACAGGGAGGAAAACAUGAAAACAAAGAUGGCUGAGUAGCCGGAGAGACGACAGCUCCGUCUGCGGCUCCAUCCGCCCGCACGGCCCGUUGGUCCCGUGGACCGACCCGUGGCUCGGUACCGGAGUAGAGAGGACCCGGGGGGAGCCGGGGAACCGAGCUGGGCCGGGCCGGGCCGCCGGUGCUCUUAUCUCCGUGAGUCCACCACAACACGACCGGUGUCGGGAUUAACCUCGUGUGUUUACGCUGAUCCGGGCCCAGCGAGCCCCGGGUCGCGGGUUCGAUCCCAGGGACCGCCAUGUCUUCGCUGGAGGAGAGGGACCGGGACCGGGACGGGGGCGUCGCGGCCCCGGCCCCCGGCUCCUCCUCGGCCGGAGCCGGGCCCGCGGGGGCCGGGGGGGCCGGGGCCGGGCCCGAGGCUGCGGGGGCCGGGCCCGGGGCCGGGGCCGGCCUGCUGCUGCAGGACGACCCGGGGCUGCGGAGAGACGGGCCCGAGCCCGACCCGGACCAGCCGCCCAAGAAGAGGCCUCGGAUCCCCGAGGGGGAGUCGGGCAAGCUGGAGGAGAGACUGUACUCGGUGCUGUGCUGCACUGUGUGUCUAGACUUGCCCAAGGCGUCAGUGUACCAGUGUACCAAUGGACACCUGAUGUGUGCUGGGUGUUUUAUUCACCUCCUGGCUGAUUCUCGUCUUAAGGAAGAACAAGCCACAUGUCCCAACUGCAGAUGUGAGAUCAGCAAGAAUUUGUGCUGCAGGAACCUUGCAGUGGAGAAAGCCGUCAGUGAGCUGCCGACAGAAUGUACUUUCUGCCUAAAACAGUUCCCUCGCUCCAGCCUAGAGAGACACCAGAAGGAGGAGUGCCAAGACAGGUUUACAUCAGACCUUCUAUUAGACCAAAAUCUCUUCCAACCCCUUUCCAUGGUGACACAGUGUAAGUACAAGAGGAUUGGCUGCCCCUGGCAAGGUCCGUUUCAUGAGCUGCCAGCACAUGAGAGUGAGUGCUCUCAUCCAACAAAGACUGGUACAGAGCUGAUGGGAAUACUGGGAGAGAUGGAUCAGAGCCACCGCAGAGACACGCAGCUCUACAACAGCAUCUUUAGCCUGCUCUGCUAUGAAAAGAUUGGGUUUACAGAGGUGCAGUUCAGACCAUACCGCACCGAUGACUUCAUCACUCGCCUCUACUAUGAAACGCCUCGUUUCACUGUUCUCAAUCAGACGUGGGUGCUGAAGGCCCGUGUCAAUGACUCCGAGCGCAACCCCAAUCUGUCCUGCAAGCGCACCCUCUCCUUCCAGCUCAUCCUCAAGAGCAAGGUGAAUUCUCCCCUGGAGUGCUCCUUCCUGCUGCUGAAGGGGCCGUAUGACGACGUACGAAUCAAGCCGGUCAUCUACCACCACUCCUUCAGCAACGACACCAACGAGACCGACUACGUCCCUCUGCCCAUCUCCGAUUCGGUGGAGUGCAACAAACUGCUGGCCGCCAAAAACAUCAACCUGCGCCUGUUCAUCUUCCAAGUCCAAAAAUAAAGAUCGUGGGAAGACGACGAGGAGGAGGAGAAGGAGGAGAAACGUGGAGAUGGCGAAGAAACGAAAGCUUGGUGAUUGAAGGCGAGGGUCAAAGAGAGGAUGCGAUGAUUAAAGAGAGACACCACUGAACCACUGAUACCUCUUAACACACACACACACACACACACACACACACACACACACACACACACACACACACACCACUAAUUACACAUACCUCCUUUCACAAGAUAGUGAGACCCCUUGCUUGGGGAAGCUGUGAGUUGCUAUGGAGAUGAAGUUGGGUGGGAUGGAGGGGCAGGGAGGAGCCUGCUACAGCGUAGGGUGAGGGGAGGGACUUUGACCUCUGACAUCCACAGCCAAAGGUAGCACACACACCAACGUGGGGUUCUGUUGUGUGCAUGUUUGUGUGCCUGUGAGGGAGUCGAAGUGACGGAGCACCAGAGCGACCGAACCUCAGCGUUUCAAAGACACGUGGUAAUGUGAAAGCAGCCCCCACCGGGCUGUACCCUGGGUACACGAACGGAGGUGGAGGGUGCGCAUCUGCGUGUCCAAACACACGCACACUCCCCUCUGCCCUCCCUCAUCCACACACUCGAUGCCUGAGUUUCACAGACGGUUUCCCUCGGUUAAAGCAAAAAUUACUAUUUUGUGUUGGAUUCUUUCCAGAGCAGGUAAAAGACGCACCUCACCGUUUCUCUUCCCUUUAAACUUUCACGAAGGGACGACUCGGCUGCAUGCAUAUUUUAGUUCUUUAACUUAUCCCCUCGGCUGUGGCUAUAUUUAACUUGCAACACUAAUAGCAUUUUUAUUUCUCUUAACCCCAGAUAUUUAAGUACCUGUGAACUUUAUUGUUUUUAGUUUGGUUUUACUGUAUGGAUGGCUGUGUGUGUGUGUUUUAAUGUUAACGGGUAACUGCAGGGUCCUGGAGCUGGAGCCCAGAACGCCACCAAGGCUGGACCGCCAUCAGACCCUCAGGACGCCCGGAGCCUCACGUUGCAUUUGGAAUUAAUCUUUGAGAAUCGAACCUCCCUAAAAGUAAAUGGGUUGUUCAUAGUACUAACACCUAAAUCUGAUUAUUUUAGCACAUAUAGUUUAUCACAGAAUGUUCUGAGUUUGUUCUUAAUUGGAGAGUGAGGGUUCUCUCAGCUUGAUUCACUGUUUUGGUUUUUUCUAAAGGAAUUUUUGAAAUUGUUUCAGUAAGUUUGUAGUUUAAAUGAUUCUCAAAAUAUCAAGUGAAUCAAGUGCAUUUUUUUUUUUGCCCCUACAUCUAAUUGGGGUUAAUUAAAAUGACCCCAAAGUAAAUUGAGUCUGGGAUCCCGGCGUGGACUCGGCGGUUCCUUCACCCGAGGUGAUCGGUCCAAUCAGAGUCUCGGCGUGAUCUGGACUCCUUCCUCUGAUGAGAACGACAUCUCUCUCCAGAAAACCUGAUAUUGUUGGGUUAUCGAUGGUGUGCGUGAGAGUGUCAGUGUGCACACAGCGACGGCAGUGGGGGGGGGUUACCUUACCAUACACGCAUAUUAGUGUUAGACUUACAGUACUUGAACGAAAAAGAGAUGUUACUUAAGUAGAUUCUACUGUACGGCAGAUAGAUAUCUCUCUCUCUCUCUCUCUCUCUCCUCCUGACCUCUACUUCCUGUAUUUGUGUUUCAAUGCUUUGUCUCUAUGCCAGUGAACUCGCUCAUCUCACUAUGGCUGUACAUGUGCCUUUUAUUAAAGAUCAUGGAACCUGC